UUUGCCGUAACGCACACGGCUAUGAUAAAAACAAAAGGUUUUUGUAUUGUUUGAAGUGAUCAGAAGAAAAUUUGUUUUACAUUUUGAGGGAAAUUUCAAUACACAAAAUGUAGUAGCACUUUCCAAAAAUGUGCUUGCUUUAAACGCAUUUUCUUCUGAAGGCAAGAAAAUCAUGAUUUUUGUUUACUUUGAAAUAAUACCAAAUUGAUUUGUAAUCGUUUAACUUGAUCAUUUGAUGACUUUUGAUUGCAGAAAAUGGUCAGAUAAUUAUGUUGCUACCAAUUAAUUAAUAAUGUUUAAAUUCCAGAAACACAUCUUUCAGUGCACAUUGAAUUCUUUUUAAACAGCCAAACAUAUAAUUGGGGCUGGUAUAGCUAUACGGUAUGGGUUUGUCUCAUGGUUGAUGUCGUACGGUUGCUUAUAAUUGCUUACAUCCAUUUCAAUUAAUCUUGGUGGAUAUUUGUCUCAUUAGCAAUCAUACCAUAUCUUAAAUGAUCAUGUAACCAAAUACUUAAUUUGCUGAGCAGUAUUAUGUUGAAUGCAUUUUAAUUCAUUGCGUCAAUAAAUUGCUUUAAAAACUUAAAUAUCACAUACUUUUAUGUUCUCUUUUUCAGCUUAUAUUUAUAGUACUGAUCGUGGAUUUCCUUCCACUAUGUGUAAGCUUAGUAUUUCAAAAUGCUGAAGAAGAACGGCCAAAUUUGUUAGUAAUUGAAGACGAUGCCUGAGAAACUUUUAUAGGAAACUUUUUUGGAAACGGCUUUGGAUCUUUUUUUUCCCUACUUUUUUUCCAAUCUUUGAUUACGGUACCUAUGAUGGCUAUGAUGGGAAUGAUGAUUCCCAGUACAACAACUAGUGUCAGUCAGGUAACUUUGACUCCAACAAUGCAAGCCUUAUCAACAACGCAAACCUCAUCAACAACAAAUACACCAUGUAUUCAAACAAAUUGCCCUAAUGGUUAUGUGUUGCUUACUGACCAAAAUGCUAGCCCUAAUUGUUACCUGUAUAGUGGAAAUACUGAGAAAUCAUGGUAUAACGCUUGGAGGACAUGUGCCAUGACUCCUGGAGCUUUCCUGUGGAACCCAAACAGUGAGGCGGAAGCCAAUUCCGUACAGACUAAACUUAUGCUUGAAAACGAGAAAUGCUGUGGGUUGGUGGCAAAAAAGACAUUAAUGGAAAGUUUGUAUUUAAAAUUGGCAAUACUGGAUUUGUAUUGGAUCAGGUACCAUUUGGAGUAAAUGCGGCAACAAAUGCAGGACUACAGACUUUUAUUAAUACUGAUGGUGAAUGUUUAGUCCUUUUCAUGUUACAACAGUUGCAACUAUUACACUUUUUUGCAGUAAAUGCGGCAACAAAUGCAGGACUACAGACUUUUAUUAAUACUGAUAGUGAAUGUUUAGGAAUGAGUCCUAUCUUUGUUGGGUCUCUGGUUUGGUACUGGAGACCAAGAACUUGUUCUGUUACUGCGUCAUUCGUUUGCGAAUAUCCAAGAGUGAGUUUGACUCAUAUUUUUAUUAUAGGACUUAAACAUUCUCUUUUCUCGUUGGCAAAAACAUGUCUUCUUUAAUAAAAGAUUAUACUCACCGCGGAAAACAUCAUGAUAGGUUAUUAUCAGAUUUAGAACAUCUAACGUGUAACAAAAAUAAAAUUCCCUAGGUAAGGUCAAUAAUGUAGGCUCAUGACGUCAUGCACAAUUUUGAUUUUUGUCUCAUUUUUGUCGAUGUCAAUUUUAAGACAUUCUCUUAUAUAUUUUUAACUUAUGAAACGCAGAUAAUAUAUAAAAUAGAAAAAGUGUAGUUACAUAUCUUGAGCAAAUACUAGAAAUUGGAGCGUAUUAUAAACUAAAACAAUUGUUAUCCUCGGUGAAUGCCAUAUAUCUGGAGUUUAUAAAAAUCGCUGUAUCGAUCCAAUCAAAAGUAACUUAUCAAAAUGAAUAUUUUUUUCAUAUCAUAAAGUUAUAUAUUCUUGUUUUUAAUGUUCUGAGAAAAUAUUAUCCAAGAUUCAGAAAGUCGUACAACAUUUUGGGGUUCUAUUACAGAGUUUUUUUAUUGAUAUGACUCGUGUGACGAUUUAUACAUGUACAAAUACGUCAUUAUCAAAUACUGAGGAAUACGCUUCAGUGGAUGCAUGUUUGAAUUUCAAAAUACUGUGGAUUCACUUACUUUUUGUGGGUUCCAAUUUUCUUGGAUAAAGGAACACUUUUCGUGGAUAUCUGAAUUCGUGGUUUGGCCAAGUCCGCAAAAAAACCAAGAGAACAUGUGCUUUUCAUUGAACCUUUAACUACGUGGUUCAUCUGUACCAACGAAAGUUACGAAAAUAGGUAUGCAUGGGUACAUUGUUUUUUUGUAGAAUUGAUGACAACUUAGAAUUAUCGUGCAUAUUUGAUUUCGUAGUUUUGACAUAUUCUGUUUGCGUUUUUAUGGAUAUUUUCGUAAUCCGUUGAACAUUUAAAUUCAUGGUUUCCCUGUGCCAGUAAAAUCUACGAAAAUUGGUAUCCAAUGCAUAAUAAUGAAUCCACAAUCCGUAAGAUUAAAUAAAAUGCAUAUUCUAAUUAAUAACUAGAUGAAAUUACACGAAUACGUACAUGUAUAUUAGAAAAAUACUUUGAAAGUUGCCAAACAUUUAACAUUAUCGACGAUACUAUUAAUUUCAAAAGUAGUUUAUCCUUAUAACAUAUGUAAACAAUAAUUGAUUUACUAGAUAAUUGGAAUCAUCCAUUUUCCUUGUAUAUCACCUUCUCAUGUAUUUGAA